CACACAUCCUUAUCAGUAGUGCUCUUUUGUUUACGUGUUUCUCAUUGAAUUUUCUGCCUAAUAAUGAGAAAUUUCGAUGUGAAUCGAGUGAAAAAGGUCCUAGAGACUUCUCUCUUUGUUCUGGAACAGUACAAGUGGCUAAUUGAUAGCUAUGUGCUGGAUUUUUUCGUGGAAAAUCAUUGGAAACAACUUCCUAAAUCGUGGCAGGAUACUUUCACUGCUGAAAAUUUUAAUAUUGAAGAGAUGGCUUACCUGCUCAAUUACGAGGAGGAUUCUCUAGAGAAGCUGUCUAGUGUCUUGCCCUUGUCUCUAUUGAGCUUGAGGAAGGUGAUUCAUGAGCUGUCAAUCAAGAGGAAGCAGGAAAAUGUGAGUGUUUUGCAUUUUCCGGGACUUAUUGGCCACCCGAAGUUUAGAAAUUUGUUUAGCAAAAAUGUUAAAAGUAAAAAGCGUCAUGAAAUUGAGAGAAUGAGUGAAAUAUGCGGGAAAACAGCGGAAAAAUGUGGAGUUGAGUAUGUGGUAGAUGUUGGGGGAGGAUUGGGGCAUUUGACGCGUGUCCUGGCAUUUGGUCAAGGAAAGAGAGUUUGUUGUGUAGAAAGGCAGGAGUCUUUAAACCAACAAGGUAGUUUUCUCGAUGAUCAAUUCAUGAGAUUUGCUAAAAAGUACCUGAAACCAGAGGAAUAUGAUGCCCUGCAUCCUCCUGUCCAUGUUAAUGUCAAUAUUUCUGCUGAUCUUGAUGGUCAGGAAUUUAUAAAGUUUUUGAAAUCGAAUGUGUUUGGCCUCGGAGAGAAAGCAGACUUUAGUUUGGGAAUUGUAGGACUGCAUCCGUGUGGAGAUCUCGGUCCUGUGUUACUCAAUCUCUUCCGGAAGUGUCCGAAAGUGAAAUUCAUAGCUGUAGUAGGAUGCUGCUACAUGAAAUUGACAGAGGAUGGGUAUCCUUUAAGCAAACAUUUGAAAAGGUUGGGAGAAAACUACCCGGAAAGGGUUGGCCUUAGCUAUGAAGCCCGAGAAGUGGCUUGUCAUGCCAUGGAAAUGUACCAGGAGCGUUUAUCUCAGGGAUUGUACGAUGACCUGAAGAUUCAUGCCUACAGAUCAGCUCUUGAGAGGAUUAUCGUGAAGAAUUGGCCAGAAUUGAGACACUCAGGCCUGAAGAGUGUCAAGUACAGGGAGUGUAAAUCAUUCCGGGAAUACUGUGAAAAAGCUGUAGCGGGAUUGGGAAUAAUUCUUCCGGACAAUACGUCAGAAGGGAAUGAAGAUUGUUUGGAAUGGAAAAAAGUUGCUGUAUUUUACACGCUAAGACUGAUGCUGGCCCCUCUCAUUGAGUCUGUGAUCCUCAGUGAUCGUGCCUUGAUGCUUCAGGAGAACCCCCUGACAUCCUCCUGCCACAUCGUAGCUGCCUUUGAUCCACGACUCUCGCCUAGAAAUCACAUAAUUCUCGCCACAAAAUAGAUUAUAAUUUAUUGAGGAUUCUGCUGGCACAUGUGAAACAGUUCCUGACCACAAAAAAAAUACAGCCACUGGAACUCUGUUUGGCAAAUAGGGAUUUGUGCGUUUAUGCCUCACGCGCUGUAAUUUCAUCAUCACUGGCCUCUUGGCCCAGCUUCUCGAAGCCAUCAUGUUUGCUGUCCAGCAAAUUGCCCAACUUAAAUUCCCGAUUGAGUUCCCAGGCGUGCUUUCGCUUCCGGCCGCCGCGUGAGCAGCAUCCUGGAUGAGAGAGAGCACAGUUUAAUUCCCCAAGGUAAGGCAAUCUUCCUUCCACAAGGAAUACUGAGCCAGAUCUUUUUGAAUCACGUGUUACUCCAAGAAGAUGGUUUUUUUUUAUUGAGCCAGGAAUAAUAAGUGUUUCAUCCACUAUAAACAUUCAUAAUAGAAUUUACAAUAUUUAUCUUUACAUUCAAUAGAAUAUAUAAUUUUUAGUUUAUCUUUUUUUUCUCAAUAAUUAACAUACAUUUCAUCUCCAGUUUUUUUUUAAUUUAUCUGGUAGACACAGGAUUCAAAGAGUUCUUAGCCUUUAGAACAUGAUCCCUCUUACAUUUCUUCACACUCAAUAUUUUUGCCCUGGAUUAUUCUCUCUCUCCCUCUAUCUCUCUCUCUCUUAAACUUAAAAGUCUGCUUGAAAAGGUUCUAAAUAAAUGCAAAAGAAUAUAAAUUGAAUAAAAA